AUGCCCCUCAUCUUGGCCCUCGUCCUCGCCCCGUUGUUCAUCUACGGCGCCGAUGCCCAGCUUGCCCAGGCGGACAAGGACGCGAUUCUGAAUUACCACAACAACCUGCGCUCCGAGAUCGCCCAGGGUCACUACGAGGCCCGCGGCAACUGGUUUGGCCCGACCGCCGACAUGCGCAAGCUGAAAUGGGACAACGCGCUCGCCACCCAGGCCCAGAAUUGGGCGAACCGCUGCAAGUUUGAGCACUCCUCGUUCAACAACACGGGUGAGAACAUCUACAAGGUGUCCAGCUCGGCCACGCUGCCGAUUGCCGGCCAGGGCCUCGAGGCUUGCAAGGAUUGGGCUUCCGAGUUUGAGGAUAUCGACUGGCCCCAGAUGCCCUCCUUCGACUUGUCGGCCGCUAACAGUGGAAUCGGGCAUGCCACCCAGAUGGCCUGGGCGAAGACAACCAAAAUCGGGUGCGGCGCGGCGCGUUGUGACAGCAACAAGAGCGUGCUGGUCGUCUGUCAGUACCAGGGACAAGGCAAUAUCCUCAACACCGAUGCCUUUGCCUCCGGCAGCUUCACUUGCGGAAGUUGCGGCGCGACCUGCGAAGUUUCCACCGGACUCUGCCUC